AUGUUAGAACUACAGGGCCGAUCACUGCAGGUGGCCAUUGCGGUUAGCGCAGGUAGCGCCUACCUGCUUUUUGGAUACGACCAAGGGGUUUUGGGUGGCCUGGUGUCGCAGCCGAGCUUUUUAUCCGCCAUCGGUAAUCCAAGCUCCCAAUACUUGGGGACUAUUGUGGCUCUGUUCAACAUUGGCUGUCUUGGCGGGUGCUUGGUAUCGGCCAUCUUUGGUAACCAGCUGGGUCGAAAGAGAGUCAUCAUUCUGGGCUGUGUGAUCAUGACCAUUGGCGGUGCCAUCCAGGCUAGCACAUACGGGGCGGGACAGCUGAUUGCAGGUCGGAUAAUCUCAGGAAUUGGAAAUGGCAUGAAUACGUCGACGGUGCCCGUCUAUAUUUCUGAGACUUCCCGUAGUGCCGUGCGCGGGAGGUCUCUCGCCAUCCAGAUGUCGGUUGUGAUUUUUGGCACCGUUGUUGCUUAUUGGCUCGACUAUGGCAUGAUUCGAAGCCAAAUUGGCGAGGUUGUCUGGCGGUUUCCUUUGGCCUUCCAGAACUUCUUUGCCUUACUGACCGUGUUCACCUUUCCCCUACUGCCAGAAUCUCCUCGAUGGCUUUACUCGCAUGGCCGCCAGCAAGAUGCCAUUCGCGCACUCUCGCAACUACUGGCCUUGCCAGAGGACCAUCCAGACGUGCAUGUCGUUGUGGCCAAGAUGGAACAGGCCGUCUUGGUGGAACAAACCAACGAGUCAAUAUUCACCUUCCGGAGUAUCUUUUGUGAGACAACGGAUGUCAAAAACCCGCGUCGUUUGGUCUUGUGCUUUAUGAUACAGUUAUUUCAGCAAUUCACGGGGAUCAAUGUGAUUGCAUUUUACGUCACCAUCGUGCUCGAAACUAACGUCGGGCUUUCCCGAGAGCUGAGCAGCCUGGUAGCCGGAUUCAUCCAGAUCGCGUUCUGGGUGGGAACCUUUGCACCGAUUUUCCUAAUUGACCGACUGGGUCGCAGAAAAGUUCUGAUGCUGGGAUCAACUAUGCUCUGUCUUGCAAUGGUGCUUUUCACAGUGGGCAUAGCAUUGGAAACCCCCGCCUCUUCCCGCUUGGCCCUGGGAAUGCUCAUCAUCUACGAGAUCUCCUUUGGUAUGAGCUGGAAUUGCGUCCCCUGGCUGUAUGCGCCGGAGAUCACGCCGCUGAACCUCCGGCAUGUUGGUGCCGCCAUCGGCUGUUUCUCAGAGUGGCUAUGGACAUUUGUGAUCGCCCAGAUGACUCUUCCGGCUAUUGACAACACCGGAUGGAAGAUUUAUAUUCUUUUCUGUAUUAUGCUUGCGCUCAGCAUUCCAUUUGUGUAUUUCUUUUUGCCGGAGACUAGCGGGAAGUCUCUGGAGGAGAUCGAUUACAUCUUCGUCAAGCAUCGGGGCCAAAUUAACGAAUAA